GUAAACUGUGUUUUUUAAUAUUUUAGAAGGAGAAGUCGCCGCGAAAAUGAAUCAAGAAUUGACCUCGCCAGAAAUGCUGUUGUGAAAUGUGCCGGUGCUUUCAUUUCGCUCGACCUUGUGUAUAGCAUUCUGAGCAUGUCUUCUACGGAGCAAGAACAAGUUUUAAGUGAUGUCUUCAGUCUUCUCGUUGCUGCCGGGUACUUCCGAGCUCGUAUUCGCGGCCUCUCUCCGUUCGACAAAAUUCUCGGUGGACUCACGUGGUGUUUUGAAGCAGCGGCGGUCGAUGUGGAUGUCGAUUUAUUUUAUGAUGCCGACGCAUUGUCAAUUGGACAGAAAAUCGCGCUAACAGAGAAGCUUGUACAUGCUCUGCAACGAGUUCGCUGUCCCCAUAUUAUCCAACCUCAUCAAAUUCAGGGCUUAGAUGCUCCAGCCAUUUUUCCGGUAGCCCAAUGGCUUGUGAAGAAGGCGUUAGAAACCCGGAAUGAAAGAAGAGAAGAAACUCUCGCCCGAGGAAGCUAUGAAUUUCAACGAACCUUUGGAAAGUUUUUGGAAUCAUUGGACGAUGAGGAAAUUUCCGCAUUUACUGGGAAGCGGUUGACAGAAGUCCAGAAGAUGUACGCUCCUAGUAGAGUUUACAGAAGAACGAUUCCUCUCCCGUCGGAUGCUGAAGAAGCUGAACGAGUGCGUUCUACCCUUCUGGAGUUCGGACGAACGUCUGUGGACAUUAAUUCUGAGGAUCCAUCAUCGGAUCUAUAUUCCAAGGAAAUUUUGCCCAUGGAGCAAAAGAUCACUCGGGACGAUGUGAAACUGAGCGAGGAUACUAGAAACCUGCUUCAGGCACAAGUGCAGAAAUUUUCUGUUCCUGCGGUGAAUGUUAUCAUUACACCGGAAAAGCUGAAAGCGGUUCUUGAUGCUCAUCACGCGGCACUUGAAACUUCGAUUUCCAGAAAAACCGAACUUAAGGCAAAAAUGGCUGUACUGAAAGGGGAAUAUCACGAAACAUCGGCCGAAAUUUCAAAGUGCAAUGAUGAGUUGCUGGCAAUAUCACAAGUUGUGGACAAACCGGAGAACAAAGCCAUGCUGGAAAAAUUGCAGGAACUCGUUGAAGAGCAUGAUUCAAUUACGAAAAAAGAAAAUAAGCUGAAAGCAGUAAUGGAACAGGAGACGCUGAAGUUGGAAGCCGAACUCGAGGCGUAUUCAACAGUUAAUUCUGCUGGGGAUAAAGAAACGUCGAGAGAAGAAGAAAAACUUAUUCAAGAGGACAUCGACGCCGCGACCAGUCAAGUAGAUGACCUCAGAUUGCAGAAUGCUGAAGUGUCGAAAAGGCUUCUCGAUCUGUCACGAAAAGGAGAUUCCAUUCCAAUGAGAGCGGAAUUAGUGCAAUAUCAACGACGCUUUGUGGAGCUGUAUGCGCAAGUUGCAUCAAAGCAUCGCGAAACUAAACAAUACUACACGCUUUACAACAGCUUGGAAGAUCAAAAGUCCUACUUAGAUCGUGCCGUGACCCUGAUGAAUUCCAUCGUCGAAACUUUUCCAAGAGCUUUCUCGGGAACUGAUGCCGCCAAAGAAGAGUUUAUCGGGCAGUUGGAUACCAUUCUCUUCGGAAUACGUGCGAGUCAAGCGAAACUGGAUCAGCGUCAAAGAAAUUUGGAGCAAGAGCGCGAAAAUUUGAGGAAACAACGGAGAGAGCUUGCUGAUGCUCACAGAGCAUACUUGAAAACUGUGAAAUCAUUUCAAGAAGAAUGCAAACGAAAUGAAAAGUUAAUCACUGCCCUGACGAACUGGGCUUCCAUAAUGGUAUUAUAUGUUGUGGGUCUGGGUCUUGGAGAUUGUGCGGACAUAACUGUUAAAGGUCUGGAACGAGUUAAAGCUGCAGAUGCGGUUUAUUUCGAGUGUUAUACUUCUAUCCUUGGACUUGAAAAGGAGGCCCUUGAAGCUUUUUACGGGAGAAGCGUCUUCGAAGCGGACCGAACCUUAGUCGAAGAAGGAUCCGAUGUAAUUUUGGAUGCAGCGGAAAGGGGCUCAGUUGCAUUCCUUGUUGUGGGUGACCCUUUGAGUGCUACAACGCAUACUGAUCUGAUUUUACGCGCGAAGGAACGCUCAAUUCAAGUUGAAAUCAUUCACAAUGCGUCGAUUAUGACCGCCGUUGCAUCUUGUGGUCUUCAGCUUUACAGUUUUGGUGAGACCGUUUCAAUCCCAUUUUGGACGGAAUCGUGGAAGCCGGACAGUUUCUUCGACAAGAUUUUAGCCAAUCAUGAGAGAAAUCUUCACACUCUGUGCCUGCUAGAUAUAAAAGUGAAGGAACGUUCCGUGGAAAACAUGAUGCGUGGAAAAAACGUUUUUGAACCUCCCCGUUUCAUGACCGCAGCCCAAGGAGCUCAACAACUCGUCGAAAUAAUUGCGGCGCGAGCAAUAACUGCCAAUCUUCCAUCAGAUAACAAACCAAAAAUUAAUCCGGAUUCGUUAGCUAUCGCUUUAUGCAGAAUGGGAAAAGAUUCUCAACUGAUAGUAGCUUGUGGAUUGAAAGAAAUGUGCUUGCGUGAUGAUCUUGGUGGUCCUCUACACUCCCUGGUAAUUCCUGGGCCUAAGUUGCAUGAAGUCGAGCUUGAGUUUGUCAAGCAGUUCUUCUCCGAGAGCAAGAGAGUCGGUUCAGGAUGA